AUGACGAUCUGUGCUUAUAAUGCACGUACGCUCGGACCGGAAGCGGCCAUCAAAGAUCUGAUGAUGCAAGCCAAGAAGGUUAAGUACGACGCCAUCAGUGCGACCGAGAAGAGACGAUGCCAUCAUCUCAACGCCUCAUUCGAAAUUGGAGAAGAACUGUUCCUAGGAACAUGCGACAGUAGAGGUGUUGGUGGAGUUGGCGUCCUCGUCAACUCGAGUAUGGCGAAGAACAUCGACUCUUUCGAACAACCUACGACCCGAAUCGGACUUUUGCGAAUGAGAAGAUGUGGUCCAACACCAGCUUUGACUAUCUUCGUCGCUUACGCUCCAACAUCAAGCUACGAAGAAGAAGAGGUCGAAGUUUUCUACAUGGACCUAGAGAAGUUCUACCGAGAAGGUCAUGCCUUCUACAAGGUCAUAAUUGGCGAUUUCAACACCAAAUCGUAUCCACCUGGGCUCUCAGCUGGUCCAUCCGUGCAACGAAUGCAUCACCCUUUGUCGUUGGCAGUCCCCCUUGAGGGAGUUUAG